AUGGCGUCGUCUCCCAUAGUUGACAUCGGAGAUAACGUAAUUCAAAAUAAUAUGGGGUCGUUACCGGAAAUGAUGUUUGCUGCCGGAGAAGAGCCCGUCGGAGUCAGGAUAAUCGACAUUGGAGAUAAGCCAUCGUUUUCGGGAAGAUUCGCGAGGUACAUGAUGUCAAGGCAGCUGAAGGUAAAGAAGAAGCACGAGGUGUGGUUUAGGUUUGCCGGACAGCCGAUUAGGUUCUCGCUGCGAGAGUUUGCAAUAGUAACUGGGCUUCCAUGUGGUACAUUUCCACCUAAAUCGAAGAUGAAGAUUAAAGAGACUAUUACUGAGAAGCCAUACUGGCCUUCGUUGUUUGGGAAAGUGGAGGUUGUGACUGUAGCUUCCGUAAUCAAGAUGCUCCACCGGAGAACAGUAAGGGAUAGAGAAACCCGGAUUAAGUUUGCAUGUCUGGCUAUUCUCUCUUCUGUCCUGCUGCCUACAAGCCUGAAUAUGAAGAUCUCCAGAGAGCAUGCUGAGGCCAUUGAGGAUCUGGAUGACUUCUAUUCAUUCCCGUGGGGGAGAUUGGCGUACGAGAUGCUGAUGAAUAGUAUAAAAGAAAGAGAUGAGAUCUCACUGUCGCAAAAUACUAUUGCCGUGAAGGGCUUCGCUCUAGCUCUUCAGCUAGUACUGGUAGAAGCUGUACCCUCUUUAACAGAAGUAGUCCAAGAAACAUGUUCUUCUUCAGAAUCAGAAAGCGCGGACGAUGUUGAGGAAGGGUCUGAAAGGUCAUCAAAAAAGCAAACGCUAAGCCCUGCUCACGCACGUAACCUCGACAAGAAAACUGAGGUGUAUGUGAAGAGCAUAAUUGAUGAAGAUCCAAGCCGACCAUUGGAUGAGAGUACGCUCGGGUGGUCUGAUGAUGUGGAAGAUGUUGGGGUUGACAAUCUAGUGAAGCUUAUAAAUGAAGGCUAUAAGUUUAGUGCCUCUAUGUUUAAAGGUGGAGCCACAAAGGCUGAUGUGGAGAGGAUGAGAGAGGAUGCAAAAGUACGAGGUAAAGAGAAGAAAAGUAGAAAAGCACCAGUGAAACCAACCGGUGUAGAUGGAGGAAAUUGUGAAGUUGCUGCUGUUUUGAUGGAUAUGAUAAAGCCGGAUCUGGAUAGGAUUGAUGGGAAUGUGUCAUCUACAAUGAGAGCCGUUGAUGAUAUGAUCACAAAGAUAGGAGUGUGGCAUGGGGCCAUAAAAACAGAGGUGGGAGAAUGGAUGGGAAAAAUAAAAGAGGAUAUUCAGGGGCAGAUUAGCUUGGCUCUUAAAGAAGCAGUUGGACCAUCAACACAUCCUCCAGGAGUUCCUAUAGUCACACCAACUGCCCCGAUAAAUCCAGUAGGUGGAGGAAGUGUAGAGGAAGCGUUUUAUCGGGAUACCAUCCGAAACAUUAUGGGGAGCAUCGAACAGUACAGGACGCCUCCGCGCCAGAACAUCCAGGUUCAGGAGGUCGGCGUUGUUGAUGGACGUCAAGACGUUGGAGCCGAGGCCAGCGUCCCUAUUGUUCCAGAUAACGACGGGACUGCUCUAUUAGCAUCGAGCCACACUCAUAUGAGGAAGGAUGUUGUCGAUGAGAUAAAGGUAACCGACAAUGCGACAAAGGAACAAGCACCUGCCACUCCUAGUUUUUCACUCGGUCUCACUCAGCAGGAGAUAAGUCCUUGUAAUGAGCAGUUUGGGACAGUAAGGCUAGCUGCAGAUCUAAAUGUUGCGCAUGACGAAGGGAAGGAGGAUGUGGAGGCAAAUAACGUGUGUAGGAAAAGCAAGAGACAAAAAAUAUUUCCCACCAAUUUGAUGGCCGAUUACGAAUGCGGACAUAACAUAGUGGGUCCUGGUCGUCAAGCCCCUGUGUUGCUGUUUGUGUCGUCAAACAGUGAAGAUACUCUAACAAAGUACCAGCAAUUAGGGGAGAAGCUUCUGACCUCAUUUGUUAUCAAUGUGGCCGGACUAUCCGUAUCGGAUAAGGACAUUAAGGACAUUGCUGAAAGAUCCCGUCCUCUCACCGCAAAGAUUGUCGAUCUACUCACCCGUAUACUCCGUACAGUUCAAGACAAACAUCUAAUCAGUGAAAGGAGUACAAGAGAUGAGUUCUUUGAUACCAAAUUUGCUGGAUCUCUGGCAAGAAAUUACUCCAAGUUCGCCAAGUGCAAGAACAAAGAAGGUCACGUGUUCCCAAAAGGUACAUUGGAUUUUCUAUACAAUACAAAGGAUUCAAUAUGUAUGAUACGUCGGUUUUACCUGCCAUUCAACUUUGACAAAAAACACUGGGUGGGAGUUUGUAUUGACUGCGAGAAGUGGAAAAUCUAUGUCCUCGAUUGCAACACGUCGAUUAAGAGUGACAAGGAUAUUGUGAAAGACCUUACACCCAUAGCGGAGGCUUUUCCGUAUCUGCUCAAACAGGCGUGUGGGUCGGCCUACGAGGAGAAUUUAGAUCCAAUGGUUAUUGAGAGGGUAAAAGGAGUAGGACAAAACAAGGAAGAAAGCGUCUCCGGCAUUACUGCAAUGUUGCUAAUAUGGAAUCAUUCAAUUGGAGGGUUGGAGGGUUGCCGAUCAGUCAAUGCUGAUCAUGUAAUCUUAGAAGCAAAGGGGGCAGCUGUGAUGGCAUAUGAGCUCCAUGAGGAGCUGAAGUGA